AUGUCCCUUCCAUUCCAUUCUUUCCAGCUCAAAAAUCUUCCUCUUCCUCCGCAAUUACACACACCAAAAACAAAGAUUUUCAGACAUGUACGUAUACAUUUGUACGUAACAAAAAGUACUGUGUAUGUUCACAUACAUAUAUAGUGACAAACUUUGAACAUUAUAUAAGAAGAUUUAGCUCAGAGAAUACAUAUGGCGAGUGGUUGGGUGAAGUCAUGGCAAUGCAAGUCAAGAGCUUUAGACGACGUCGUUAACAAUCACCAUCAAUAUCAUCACCUUUUACCCAACUCCGCUAGUUGCAAAAACGGCGUUAAAAGCCUCAGAGAUGUAGUGGACAACACCAAACCCGGAAAAUCCAGAAAGAAAAAAACAUCAAAGCCAUCAGAACCGCCGUCAGCCAAACGUCCCGGUUCGAGAGUACCUGAACCCGAUUCGAAUAGGGAGAAGUCUCGAGCUAGUACUUCCACGAGAUUAUCACGUGCCGCGACGGAGUCUUUCUUCCCGGCGUUGACCGAGUUACCGGAAGGGCACGCAUCGCGUAAUGUUGUGGAGAUAAUUUUUCAGACGAGUUGGUCCGGGUCCCCGAAGGUAUUUUCGGGUCGGAUUGAAAUGGUUUUCAAAGUCCAGAACCUGCCCCGAACUGUGACCCGGUUCGAAGAGUACAGAGAGGUUGUGAAGUCUAGGGCCGUCAAUGGUGCGGCAGAGAAGGGUGGCGAGGACCAUGUACGGUGUGUUGCGGAUGGGAAUGAGGUGAUGAGGUUUUACUGCCUAGGACCCACAAACGGCGGCGCCUACGAGAACGGGGGCAGCGCGUGGACGUUCUCCACUAAUAAAGGGACGGCAGUGUGCACGUAUUCCGGCAGUGGUGGGGCCCACGAGAAUGCCGGCGGUGGAAGGGGAAGACGGGCUAUGUUGGUUUGUCGGGUCAUUGCGGGUCGGGUGUGCAAACAACUCGGGUUUGACUCGUUGCUUAAUGGGCGAGUUGGUUAUGACUCAGUGAGUGGGGAUAAUGGCGAGUUGUUUGUAUUUGAUUCACGUGCCGUAUUGCCAUGUUUCCUUAUCAUCUAUAAGUUGUAAAAAAGAAAGAAAAUUUCAAGAAGUAAGACCUUUUUGGCUUUAAAUCUCCAAAUUUUCUUUUUC